CGCGUCUGAAGUCCUCAACAGCGACCAAAAACUCGCAUAGCUGCCUUGUCUCUAGAGCUGCCGCCAGCCCUCCAACGUUCCACAUCACUCCCCAGCCUCGCAUAUAUGCGGCACAGCAUCAGUUGCAGCUCUCCCACGAUGCGCUGAGGUUUUCAUCGCCGACCAUGUCCGAACCUGGCACGCUGGAGUCGCUCGAGGCUCUACAUAAGGAGCUCCUCCCGGCCUCCGAAUACCGCUUUGAAAAUGUCCAGUUCCUUGAGCGGUCCCUGCUUGCGCAUGCCGAUGCUUUUAGAAAACUUCUUGAUAAGCCCGCGAGAGACUCGAAACACCGGGCUGCCGUACAAUCAGGGAAGAUAACUGUGGCAGAUGAGGAGUACUCGAUCAACCAAGACUUUGUGGACAGCACAUUGAAGGUCGCGGAUGAGGUGGACCUAGACGAAAUCGAGACUGCCAAACUCCUCCUCGAAGCACAGGGAACCACGGAACUCCUCGGCCAUUCGUUGUUCGAGCGCGGCAUCAUACGGUUCCACCAGCAACGAAAGUACCUGCUGGAUUGCAUGCGACUGUGCAUCCAACUGGCAAAUGACGUCGAGCUCGAACCCGAAGUCCAAGACUUCUUUGGAGUCUUCGUCACAGAGAACAUCUAUGGCGCUGCGGUUCCUGGCGGCCAGGCACCCAGCGCGGAAAAGAAGAUCGUUCCGAGAUGCAUGGCGGCUCUGCAAGACAUUAGGGUAUGGCUGCAGAGGAUCACGGAGAAGGUGGCCACAACAAAUCUCAUGUAUCAAACCCAGCCAGCCGUCCCCCCCGAGUUCCAAGAAGCAAUCGAAUUCUCCCGCGUUAGUCUUGUUCAACAGCACGAACUGCUAGCCGUGAUAAUGUGCUCUGCGAUAGAAAAACACGAGGCCGGCGUAAAGGACUUCGAGGGCUUCUUCGAGGGGGUCAAGAGGAUUGACAGAUAUGACCAUUUACUCGUCCAUCUAUUUCCCGCCCUUGGCACCUUUAUCAGUGUGUUUGGGUCGACAGAGGGCGUUGGCGAUCUCGGACAGGCUCGCACGCUGAACAAGCUCAUCUGCAAGGAUGAUGGAUCCUGGUCGCUCGUAUACCUCGGUGCAGCCGUACGAGCUUGGUGGAUUGCCGAGUACAGUGGAUGGUACCUCGACGACCCGAUCGGCUCCCCUGUGCAAGGGGUUGACCUGGACGAGGAGGACAUGGAACGAUCAAAGCAAUUCAUGGAAUCCCUGAAGUACGGGGCAUUCGAUUUUAUGCUUUCCGUCGCUGCUGAUUGCAAAGCCCCUGACUGGCAAGAUCCUGCCCGCUCCGGCAUGCGACAAUGGCUGCAGCGCAAGUCACCCCCUCUGGCAUCGGAUCCUGUUCCAUUCUCCGAGUUCUUCCAGAAAAGACUCAUGGUCCAGCUCGAAGUCUUCAUCGACGCGUUCAUAUCGAAUCUUCCGGACGUCUUGCGGAAACUGCGGGUGGAAGAGGAUGAACAGCGGCAGCUUAGCCAAACCCACGAACAGGACUUGGAUUUGGAGAGGUUCCUCAUCAUUAUUGCCUACUCGUACGAGGGCAGGCCGGAUUCUGCCGAUGCCUUCUGGUCUGAUCCCGACAGCAAUCUAGCAGGAUUCUUGCACUGGGCAUCCAGGAGAGCCUCCACACCCCUCGUGAGCGCCUUCUGUGACAUGCUCCAGGCUCUCUCAGAUGACGAGGAGUGUGCAACUGCAGCGCACGAGUUCCUUCUGGAUGAGGGCCAUCACUCGUCGGGGAAGAUGAGACGCACUCAGUCUCUCACCUGGGGUCAGAUCUUCAAGGAGCUGGUCUUUUUCACGAACAAAAUCCGCGAGCGUCCAAGUCCUACGCAGUCCAACGUUUAUCGUGGAGGGAAGCCUACCAGCGAACAGGCAGAGACAGAGCCCGAGUCGGCCAUGAUGCUCGAGUGCUAUCUGCGGCUGAUGACGAAGCUCUCGGCAAAGAGCGAAACUGCGAGGCAGAUGUUGUUGCGCGACCCUAAUUUCAACCUGGUCGAGGUCCUGUACCAGCUUGCCAGCAGCACGAUACCUGCCCGCCUCAGGGCCUGCGUGUUCUACACGCUCCAGGCCUUGCUUGCUCGUAUGACCCCGGAGGAGGGCCAGAUCAUGUGGCGGUGUGUUGAUUCCUGGAUAACCGGAGGCUAUGCCGUGCAGCCGAGCGCUCACAAGAGCAGCAACCUCGGGCUGAACCAGAGCAGCCCUAAGUUGCAUAUGGAAGCCAUCUUCCAGGAGAUCGGUGAAGGCUUUGAAGAGCCGAAUGCCUUCACUCAGUUGCUGAUAACCCUCACCACACCGGUCGAGGGAUGCGAUCCGCUGAAUGACACGCUGCCCUUCCCCGAGGACCUGGGUUCCUCGCUUCGGGCCCCUGGCAUCGAGCUGUAUGUCGACUACGUGCUCGGACACGUCUUCGGGAAUAGGUCCAAAGACAUACAGGAUACGGCCCAGCUUAGAACGCUGCGGCUCAGUUGUCUGGAUUUUGCCCUGAAUUGCCUGUUGACGUUCAACGAGGACUUGAUCAUCAUCGGCAACGAGAGCAAUAUCGCCAUUGACACAGCAAUAUCGACCACCGAUCUGGCCACAUAUGUCCGCCUUCAUCCCUUCGGCCGUGUCAUGGAAUGGAUGUUCAACGAUAAGGUCAUGGAAGCCCUCUUCAGCACAAUCCACCAGAACCCGGCCGAAGUAGGGAAGUCGGCCCCGGACUCUACGCUCAUACUCGGAAUCCUUCGAAGCGUGGAAGUUAUAACUAGAGUCCUCGAGCUGCAAACCACAUACCUCGAUCUUGUGCGGCCCAUCAUCAAGCUACAGGCCGGGCAAGAACGGCAGCCCGUUGCUAACGCGGCCUAUGCCUCCUUCGAGGAUGCCUUGAUGAAUCACCUGGGACUCGUGGUUGACUUGGGCCGGUUUUGCGGCAUUGGCUAUCCGUCCCUGACUCUUGCCUGCUUGAAGCUACUGGAGAAGAUCUUAACAUCCCCGAAGAUCAUCGCCGCUUGGAAUCCCGAGUCUCGGCGGCAUGGCCAUCGAAAUAAAGCUAUCAUAGCUCUCGAAUCCGAAGGCGUAGCAGAGGCCAUGGCGCAUUCUCUUUCGUCCGAGCUGGGGAUGACGAUUGACUUUGUCCGCGGAGCGGACACGCCGAACUACAUGGUAAAGAUUUUCAUCCUCGACUUCCUCUAUGAAUGUCUCAAAGCCAGCCCCGAUCAGCCUUUCAUCGUGCAUCUUCUCGGCUUUCAAGGCGGAGCCAGUGGACUCACCGUCGACCCCGAGAGUGCGUUUGGCUUACAAGAAUCCUUAUUCCACGUUCUUGUCAACCUGGUGAUCGAAGUGCCCUACUUGGAAAAUGAAGAAGACGGAAUCCGGGGUUGGUUGGUUGCGCUAAAGUCAAAAGCGUUACGCAUCCUCCAGAUUCUAUGGAAUUCCCCCCUUUCCUCGGCCAUUGUUAUGGACGAGCUGAGGCCGCUCAAGUUUCCUUUCCAUCUGCUCCUCGGCAAGGUUUUGAUACAGCCACAUCUGAGAUGGGACGGCCAGGAGUCGGGCAGUGCCGCGUUUCUCCUCGCCGACUCCUCCCUGGCCUAUCUCGACUUCCUCUCGAUAAGAACAAUGGCCUUUGAAUACAUAGGCAUGGAACUAUGUAGCGUAUCUCAGAGCCGAAUGCCCACCUUCAAGCGGGAGCUCUUGGGUGCCCUUCUCGCCGGACAGGUCAAGGGAGACGAAAACGAACCCAUUGGAACGCCUAACGCGUUCGAUUUAUACGACUUCAUGGACAUGGACGGCCAAUGGGAAAUCCCGCCGCCCGAAUUCACCUAUCUCAAAGAUCUUGACCUGAGGGCUUGCGUGGAAGAGUCGGAUCACAUUGUGCUAUACGAUAUCGCCAAAGUUCGAGAGGUCCUACUGCUGAAGCAGAAUGAGUCGAGGAACGCCGGCCUGGUGGUCUCCGAAAGCGACCUGGCGGCUAUGGAAAAGGAAGAAGCUUUGCUAUUGGAGUAUCUCGUAUACUCUAAUCGUGUCAAGGUAAUCGCCGCUCGAAGGCGGAAGGCCCUCCAGGCCUGGACAAGGCUGGUAUUGGUCAUGGUUGAGACGAAUGACUUCAAGGGCACAGACAAGGCCUCGUUUCUUCAGCAAGCCCUCCAAACCAUCCUGCCGAGUCUAGACACUUUGAGCGCGGACGGCCAUCCAGAAGCACUCGAGUUGGCGAAGCUUGCCAAUGUCCUUCUCUUCAAGACUGACUUCUCUCUCGAGGGCGGGCCCUCUAGCCCCGACAAGGGGGCCCUAGCCAAAGGCACACCUAUCAGCGACAAGUUGUUCCAGUUGUUCCAGAUAUGCCUGAGCGCCAUUGGAAGGUGGGCAGGCGAUGCCGAACUGAGGUUGGUAUACUACAGCAUCUGCUACCGAUAUCUCACGGGGGUCGUCAACCGCGGCGAGGCCUUCCGUCCGGACCGGCAGAAGGCGAUGAAGGCGAUCCAGGUCUACGGCGAGAAGCUCCUCAAUGUCAUUUGCGACGAUGCGUUCGGCGGCGACACGGGCUGCCAAACAGCAGCCAUGAUUCUGCUGGGGGCACUGGUGAAUCUAGAGAGGAGCGAGGACGGUACGGGUGUUGUCGAGACGCUGAACCGGCUGAACUUUAUUGGAAUCCUGGUCGACAGCCUCAAAACGCUCCUCCACGAGUGGCUGGAGAUAAUCAAGACAGGCAACACCCCGGCAGAGCACUACACCAACGCCAAGCUGUCGCUCCUCCUGCAGCUCUGCCAGAGCCGGCCGGGGGCCAAGCACGUGCUGCACGCCAACCUUUUCCGCGCCGUCGAGCUGUCGCGCCUGUUCGCCGUCGACCCGGAGCUGGAGAUGGACCCAGCCGACGCGGCCGCGCUGGGGCGGCACUACGGCCUCCUCGUCCGCGUCGCCCGCGUCGUCGCCGCCGCCGUCCUCGGCAGGGGCAGCCACAGCGUGCCGCAGGGCCGCCGCUUCCUCACCCAGCACAGGCCCCUGGUCGUGCACACCCUCAAGCGCAGCGCGGGGAUAGGGACCCCGCAGCCGCCGCCCAACUCCACCGCCACCACCGCCACCACCGCCGCCGCUGCCCAGGUGCGAGCCGAGCUGGAGGAUCGCACUGAGGAGCUUGCGGAGGCAUUUAUGGCUCUCAUCACCGCGACUGGGUUCUUGGAGGUGAGUUUUUUUUGGUUUUAUUUUUUCCCCCUCCCUUCCUUCCCCUUCCCCUCACUUUCCUUUCUCCCCUCUCCCUCCUUUUUCAUUACCCCCCUGUCACUUCUUGACCCAUAUAUCUGGACCUGAGGCCGAGUCUAACCUGCGACUCGGCGUGUAGUUCGAAUUAGAACAGACACCCUCCGAGAAGCCGAGGGGAACGCCGACUCUGUUCCACUGAAGGGGUAUCACGGAGAGACUGGAACAAAAAGGGUAUUUUUCUCGAGCAGGCCGACGAUGCUCAUGUCUUGUUGCGGAGGGUGCUGAGUGAGGAGUUUCUGGCGCACCCAUCCUGGCUCAGGGGGAGUGGUGGGAUAG